AUGACAGACAACCCAACAUAUAACAAGUGUCUGCCCAAGAUACUCUCGGACCAGGACUGCGAAAUGCGAGUCAAGCAGGUGCUCAAAUGCCUGGAGCUGAUGCUGACCGAGGCCACAUCCAGCAGCGACACCAUGACUUCGCCCGCAAUGCUCAUGGCCAAUGGCACACCAACUGGGCUGAGUGGCAGUGGAGGAAUCAAUCCGCCUGGCAACAACAGUUUUGGAUCAUUCAAAUUGCAAUCACCAAUGCAGUCUCCGACCUUUGUCGAUCGUCAAGUUCCAGUGGCUCCAAACAAAAAGGCGCGCCGUGGCUCUGAUAGCCAUCAUGGUGGCUCGCCGUCCGAAAUGGAGCUUCACGGCAACAUCAGCAGCAGCAGCAACAAUCUACAUCUUACACCAAACAUCACGUCACUCUCACUCCAACAACAGCAACAACAACAAUCACAAACACCUCUGUCACCAAAGAGAGGUGCAGCGAACAAUCAUUCAUCAUCAUCAACUACAUCUUCACCAAAGAGCAAGGUCAGAGUCAAUGUUGCCAGAUCACAAGAUAUAGUCCCUGGACCAGACAAUGCUGCCAUGGCCAUGGCCACAACGAUCAGUCUUGGUGCCACAUCACCCGCCAGUCUUCCGACCAACCCCCUGUCCAGUCCAUUGAUGCAGAUGAAGCAUCAUCACUCUCAGGAUCAUCUUCCGGCUGUAUCCAAUAUUGGAAUGGAGAAUGGUGCGCCCACUCCACAGUACUCAAUGGCCAACCACCACCAUCAGACACAUCAACAUCCACAACAACAUCAACAACAACUUCAGAUGAUGGAUGAUGGAAGACGUCAACAACAACAUCCAACAUAUCUGGUGCCCAUGGGUGGACAUGAACAAAGACGGCAUUCAUACAAUCAAUAUGGCAGUACGACAUCAUCAAUGGAUGGACUAUACUUGCCCGACCCAACAAUGCUGGAACAAAGAAGACUGUCCUACAAUGGCUAUGAUCCAAAUCAUCCAGCUCAUCAAAAUCUACAACAUAUCCAAAUGGUCUAUCAACAGCAACAACUACAUCAACAACCUCCACAUCAACAAUUCCAGACCAGCCAUCCUUCCAUUCAACACCAACAUCAACAUCAACGCCAACAACAACCGGUCAUGUUCAGACAGGACCCUCUCCCACCAGUUGUCGAACACUCCUCACCACCUACAGUCUCGCCAAGUGACGAUAACACCAAACAUUGUAAAGACUCCCAACAACAACAACAUGUACAUGCUUCAUCUUCCACAUCGUCCACAUCGACCACAUACUCGGUCGUGGACAAAGAGUUGCCUUUGCCAUCCACCUCCAAGCCCUCCGAUAAAGAACAUGGCGCCACAUCUCGGGAUACGACUACAACAACAACAUCCUCAUCACAAUCGUACACAACAACUCCACUACUUAGUGCUGUCAACUAUGAGAUAGCUGCAUUGUCCAACAACCAAAACAAUAGUGCUGGUGCUGGUAACAAUGACAACAAUAAUAACAACAACAAUGGUGGAGCUGGCAACACUGAAGAAUAUGGAUGGAUACUUUCAUUCUUGGACAUUGACAACAACAACAACAACAAUAAUAAUAACAACCACAACAGUAAUAAUAACAGUGGAAGUGGCAACAGCAGUAGUAGUAACAACGACAACAACACCAACAAUAACCAACCGAUAUAA